UAUACAAUGCAAUGUGUAUAUAUAUAUAUAUACAAUUGCAACAUUGUCACCUACAGGUGUCGUCAAGCAUGAAGUUCCGAAACAGUGAAUCAUUUUGCGAAGCAGUUGGUUCAAUUGACUCCGAAAAGCUUUUUUCUCUCAUCACCUGUCAAUCAAACUCCCUCCCACGAGGAAUCUAGUUUUGAAAUCAGAGGCAGUGGUCUCAAGCCGACUUAAAAUUGUUAAAAUAAGACAAGGCAUAAAAAAAAGCUUAAGCAAAUGCUACAUCUUUCAGAUGUCCGAAGCUCUAUAUGUUUUUAAUGUUUUUGGUAGACUUAAAGUCAGAAAGAUCAAGGCGAUCUAGCUACAGGUAGGAUGACAUCGACAAUGCAGUGCUUCAGACAAUUAUCAGAUGCACGAAUAGGGAAGGGUGGAGUUGGCACAAUGGGCUGAAACUUCUUUAACGACACAAUGGGCUGAAACUUCUUUAAACACCGUCCUUUUAUUUCUCUCAUUCUAAACGACAAGAUGGCUUCGGCUGCAAAAAGAAAAAAACUCAACUACGUUAAACAGCUUCAAGAUAGCAGAGAAAGCUUAAUAACCUGCGGGCUCCUUUUAAUUCACCACGUUAUGGAAGAAUAUAAAAACAAGCAAAACAUGCUCAGAAGACACGUUAACGAGAUUCUUCACAGCAUAUUUUUUUUGGGGGUCAUUUAUACGGGCGGACUCACUCCCGACCAGUUUUUGUCGGCAACGUUGGCGGAGGGUUUGCGACAAGAAUUUCCAGAGCCAUUUGAGAAAUACAGGAGUCACCUGCCCAAGCGGACACCGUUCUCAAUAUUGUUAGACAUAAUGGUGCUUAAAUAUGACACAGAAGAGAAAGUCAUGGAGGAACUUCGCAGUCUCUUAAAAAAGCUGAAAUUUCCAUACCCUCUUAACAAACCAGGAAACAAACACCAACACGUUUAUACAUUGGAAUCUACUGUUAUUUGUAUUUCCUCCAAUAACAUGUGCCCGUCAAAGAAAUAUUUUGGUGCUUCUCUGGGUUGUAAGACAGAUAAAGCCAAAAGUAUUAUGAUAUAUUCAUCGUGUAUUAAUACAUGGCAUAAGUAUGUUUCAUAUUCAGUUAUGUCAUUUACCCACACACAAGAGAGUGAAGGUUUACAGUUUCCUGGGUCUAUGAAAUGCCAGGCAUACCUUAGAAAUUGGCAAGACAACACCUAUAAGGAAAUACCGCCAUGCAAAAACUGUAAACGCAUUUUUAGCCUACAAGGGGAAGGGACUGAACAGAAAUUUUAUCCUUUUGGCAAUUGUGCCGAGACAGAGUGCUUAAGCAAACUCCUGAUUAAUGACAAUUUUAUGCAAGAGAAUACGGAGAUCAAAAAUUAUACACGGGAAAAUAUGUCAGACUUAGAAACUAAAACCAUUAACAAAUUGAGAGAAAAGCUUGUUUCCAUACCUUCUCUCACCAACAUGCUAAAUAGAGAUUGUCUUCCUGUUUUUAACCCAGACAGUGGAAAAUAAAGGUCCCAUUUAGAACCAAAAAGGGUUUAAAAGAAGAAUAACAGGUUCCUAUGGACGUAUUAAAUGUUUACUUGAAUUAAUCACUGUAAAGAAGAAUGGCUUUUUAAAAUGUCAAAUGUUUCAUUGGACUUGCUGAAGCAUUGCAUAAUGUCAUUAUAUGUAAUUCAGUUUGUACUGAUCUUGUACAGGCUUUUAGUCAAAAUUAGAUUUUUAUUUAUUAAAUGACUAGCUAAACAUUUUCUAACCCCAUUCAUACAAAUUUUGCCGUUAAAAUGGUUCACACUGGUUUCAAUUGAUUUGGUAAAUGACGUGCUUUGAAAUCUGGACAAUAAUGCAUGGCUACCAUGACUAAUUCUUAAUGCAAACAAGCUAGUGUUUUGAGCACAAGCCACACCUGAUUUCUGGUAAAACCUGAAUGUGUAUUUAUUAUUUUAUUUCAUGCAUGUAUUACUGUCCUUUGUGUUGUCUUUUUGACAAUUAUAUCUCGAUAAGGACACAAAUGUUUUAUGUUAUGCUGAAAUUUGUAAUGGUGGGGGUGAUGAAUGUUAAUAUGCGCUGCGUGUGUACAUAGACUGUAAACAUGAAAACAUAUCGAAUAUUUUGAAGAAAAUGUGAAAUGUUAUUAUUUAAAAUCCUUUAAAAAUAUUG